GGCGUGCUACUGUGCUCGAUCCAGCACCAUGGGGAAGCGGGACAAUCGGGUGGCCUAUAUGAACCCAAUAGCAAUGGCGAGAUCAAGGGGUCCAAUCCAGUCUUCAGGGCCAACAAUACAGGAUUAUCUGAAUCGACCAAGGCCUACCUGGGAAGAAGUAAAAGAGCAACUAGAAAAGAAAAAGAAAGGCUCCAAGGCUUUGGCUGAAUUUGAAGAAAAAAUGAAUGAGAACUGGAAGAAAGAACUGGAAAAACACAGGGAGAAAUUGUUAAGUGGAAGUGAGAGCUCAUCCAAAAAAAGACAGAGAAAGAAAAAAGAAAAGAAGAAAUCUGGUAGGUAUUCAUCUUCUUCUUCAUCAAGCUCUGAUUCUUCCAGCAGUUCUUCUGAUUCUGAAGAUGAGGAUAAGAAACAAGGAAAACGGAGAAAGAAAAAGAAGAACCGUUCACAUAAAUCUUCUGAAAGCUCCAUGUCAGAAACUGAAUCAGACAGUAAGGAUAGUUUAAAAAAGAAAAAGAAGUCAAAAGAUGGAACUGAGAAAGAAAAGGAUAUUAAAGGACUCAGCAAAAAGAGAAAGAUGUAUUCUGAAGAUAAACCUUUAUCAUCUGAGUCCUUGUCAGAAUCAGAGUAUAUUGAGGAGGUGCGAGCAAAAAAGAAGAAAAGCAGUGAAGAACGAGAAAAAGCAACAGAAAAAACAAAAAAGAAAAAGAAGCAUAAGAAACACAGUAAGAAGAAGAAAAAGAAGGCUGCUAGUUCAAGUCCUGACUCACCGUAACAUUAAGAAAAAUCA